AUGUUUCGCGCAUUAACGUUUCACAGCAAACCCCCGAGUCUUAUAGCGUUCGCUAAUGCCUCCAAAAGUCGAUUAUGUGUUGAAAGUACUUCUUAUCGGCUUCUGCAGGUAGUCGCAUGGAGUCGAACCGCUCGAAGAUGUCAGAGUACGUACUCGCGUCCUCGGUACCAUCGGUUCAAGUCAUCAGAGAAAGAACGAUUGUACAAACGGCUCGGUGUGAUUGCGGCGACUGGAGCUGGAAUCUACUAUCUUACUCAUUUGGAACGAGUGCCCAUAAGCGAACGACGCCGGUUUAACGAUGUUUCUUUACAAUUUGAAGAACGUAUGGCUGAACAGGCAUACCAAGAAACAAUGAUGCAGUAUGGGAUGAACAUGUUGCCAAGUUCGCAUCCUACCGUGCAAUAUGUUGCGCGUGUCAUGAAGAAGAUUAUCGCUGUAUCCGGUAUGCAGAAUCUUCGUUGGGAACUACAUGUCAUUCGUGAUCCGACGCCAAAUGCCUUUGUCCUUCCCGGCGGCAAGGUCUUUGUAUUUGAGGGCAUCCUUCCGAUAUGUCGUGACGAAGAUGGGCUAGCUGCUGUAUUGGCUCAUGAAACGGCACAUCAAAUUGCAAGACACUCAGCUGAGAAGAUUGCCUUUACACGCGCUGUAUCGUGUCUCUUCUGGCUCGCAGCAGCAGCGUUUGACUUGUCAGGACAAGUGUCGCAUUUGCUGCUUAAUUUUGGCUUGUUACUGCCCUUCUCUCGCAAGAUGGAAUCCGAAGCGGACUAUAUAGGUCUCAUGCUUAUGAGUCAAGCGUGCUACCGUCCAGAAGCAGCGAAAGAGUUGUGGGGACGCAUGCACGAUAUGGAAGAACAGAUGGGACGAAAGGUACUUGCCUUUGCCAGCACACAUCCUGCUAGCAAGAAGCGUCAACAGCGUAUCGACAAUUGGCUUCCUGAGGCUCGUCAACGGUAUGAGACGAGUGAUUGUUAUUCAGAAACGUGGCCUGGUAUGCAAGCUUUUCGAGAAGCAUUCUUUUAA